ACUGUGGUAACUGUGGUGUAGCCUACAGCUGCAGAGAUGCGCGACACAGAAAAACAAGGAAAAUGAGGGAAAUUGAGGGAGAUGACAGGAGAGGACGGUAACCACUGAACACACAUCAUCUGAGAAUGUUUCCACACACGGAGGAGCACCGUCGUCGCUGCGCACUUCGGACAUAAAAACGCGGACAGGGCUCGGAUCGUACAUUGAUCCGAAUACAGGGGACGGGAGGGGUCGAUCAUGGGGAACGAAGCGAGCCUGGAAGGAGGCGAAGGGCCUCUGUCGGGGCUGCCGGAGGGGCUGGCACCUGACGGGAAGGGAGGCUUCGUCCGGGUCCCCGAAGGGACUCCGGUCAACCUGGGCGACCUGAGCGAAGAGCAGAGGAGGCAGCUGGCCGCCGCGAUGUCAAGGGCGCAGGGCAGGCAGCCCGGAGGCGCAGCACGAAGACCGUCAGAAUCAGAUACCCAGCGUUCCCAGCAGGUUGGGGCCUCCAGGGGCCCUACAGGUCUCAGUAAGAGUCGCACUGUAGACGCCUUCAACCAGGGUCCACCGGGAAAGGCCGCUCCGGGCCGCAGCCCCUCGUCCCUCAGCCUUUUCGAAAACAGAUUCCGGCAGGAGCCAAAAGACCCAGAGAGCAAGUCCUCCGGGAUGUUUGGCUCCAGCUUCCUGAGCGGGGCCAACCCCCUCAGUGCCAUGACCUCCUCCGUCUCCUCCUCCAUGUCCUCCAUUGGCGACACCGUCAAUAUGCCCAAGUUUGGAAUGUUUGGGGAUGAGGCGGAGGGGGGCGCAGCCGCAGCGCCUGAGUCCAAACAGGGAGGUAGGCCCCCUGGCAAGGGCCCUCAACAAGGGCCGGGGCAAAAGGGACCACAACAGGGAGGACCUCAGAAACAGGGUCAGGGUCCUCCUGGACAGGGGCCAAAGCCAGGGCAAGGACCCCCAGGCCAGGGACCAAAGCAAGGUCAGGGACCACCAGGCCAGGAUCCAAAGCAAGGUCAGGGACCACCAGGCCAGGGACCUAAACCUGGCCAAGGUCCACCUGGGCAGGGACCCCUUGGGCAGGGUCCCAAGCAAGGUCCAGGGCCUCAAUUAAGCCAGGGUCCGCCUGGUCAAGCACCUAGGCAAGGCCAGGGACCACCCGGCCAGGGUCCUCCUGGCCAAGGACCCCCAGGACAGGGACAGAGACAAGGACAGGGACCACCAGGACAGGGGCCACAAUCAGGCCAAGGUUCUCCUGGUCAAGGUCCUCCAGGACAGGGACCACCAGGACAAGGGCCCAAAUCAGGCCAGGGUUCUCCUGGUCAAGGUCCCCCUGGGCAGGGACCCAGACCGGGACAGGGACCACCAGGCCAAGGGCCCAAAUCAGGCCAGGGUCCUCCUGGUCAAGGACCUCCUGGGCAGGCCCCAAGGCAAGUUCAGGGUCCGCCAGGCCAAGGACCCCCUGGGCAACAAGCCCCAAAACCAGGUCAAGGACCACCAGGUCAAGGCGCCAAACAGGGGGCCCCUCCUCAGCAAGGACCUGGAAAGCAAGGGCCCCCAGGUCCUGGGGCUCAACCUGGGGAGCCAGCUAAGAGCGGAGGGUCUCCUGGUCAGCAGGGGGCUGGAAAGUCUGGAGGGGGUCCCUGUCCUCUGUGUAAGACCACCCAGCUGAACGUGGGCUCUAAGGACCCCCCCAACUACAACAACUGCACCGAGUGUAAGAACCAGGUCUGCAGCCUCUGCGGCUUCAGCCCCCCCGACUCAGCGGGUAAAGAGUGGUUAUGUCUCAACUGCCAGAUGCAGCGAGCGAUGGGCGGUAUGGACCCCCCCGGCAUGACGAAGCCCAAACAAGGCUCGGCCCCGCCCUCGCCCCAGAGACAGGGGCCUGGCAAGCCUGGCAAGCUGCUGAUAAGGCAGCAGAGUACCUCCGACCAAGGGUUAACACCUCCGACCACACCCAGGCAGAAAUCCCCUACCUCUCCUGGGCCGCUUUCCCCGGGCUCCUCGUUGGGAGGGUCCCCAAAGAUCGACCCCAAGACGGGCCGUCCCAUUCAGACCAAGCCCAGUCCCCAGCAGUCUCCAGCUAAAGCCAAGCAGGAGUCCAGCUUCUUUGGGGGUUUUGGAGGUAUCAGUCUGGGAGGCUUAACAGAUACCAAACCUGCGGGUGCUUCUCAAGCUACCGAGUCUGUUACAGGGAAACUGUUUGGAGGGUUUGGCGGUUUGAUGGAUUCACCGAAGCCUCAAGCGCAGACUGCCCCAAAGCAGGAGGAGUCGGUGGCUGGGAAGUUGUUUGGAGGUUUUGGAGGGUUGACAGAAUCAGCUAAACCUCCCGCUGCUGCUUCUCAGAUGUUCAGUUUUGGUUCUUCACUCUUGAGUUCAGCCACAAAUAUCGUCUCUGGAGAGGAAGAGAAGAAGCCGGCAGUAUCUCCGCCUGGGUCGCCACCAGACUCUGGACCAGGUUCCCCUAUGGAUUCUGAGCCUGGUUCACCACCUGACUCCCCCUUCUCUGCUCCUGGGUCGCCUCCUGAUUCGGACUCUGCUCCUGACACUCCACCUGCUAAGUCCAAGAAACCCCUCAGAACCCUUUCUGUGGAGCAGGGGGAGAAGGGGCCAGCAGCUGAACCAGCACCUGCCCCUGAACCAGCACCUGCACCUGACCCAACUAGCAAGGAGAGCUGCCCUCUCUGUAAGACGGAGCUGAACGUCGGAUCAGCAGACGCCCCGAACUACAGCUUCUGCACCGAGUGCAAGAAGACAGUUUGCAACCUUUGUGGAUUUAAUCCUACUCCCCAUUUAGGAGAGAAAGAAUGGCUCUGCCUCAACUGCCAGACACAGAGAGCCAUGUCUGGCCAGCUGGGAGACGUGCCACCUCCAAACAUGGCUUCCCCAAAGAAGCAAACACCUGCUCCUGCUCCCUCCUCCACCCCUGCCCCUGCUGCUGUAGAUAGGAAACCUGUAGUAGAAGCAGCAGACCUAACCCCACCAGCUCCUGAUACCAAGGUAAAAACAUUGGAGACCUUGAAAGAGCCUGCAGGGAAGGAUAUGGUUGCAAUGGAUAGCAGUCCCACCAGCCCAUCAGACCUAGCUAAGCUGGAAAGCUCAGUCCUUCCAAUUCUUGAGGCAAAGUCAACCACACAACCAAAUGAUGAUGAGGAGAAACUAACAGACACUUUAAAGUCCAGACGUAAAUUAGAGGUUCUUCCUCUCUCACUAGACUCCCCAAGCUCAGAAGAUGACAGAGAACUUUCUGAUAAGAAUGCCAAAGGCACCACAAAAAAGCUUCUUGUGCCCAUGGAUGUCAGGGCAGAUUCGCUGGAUGAUAGCAGUGAAAGCUUUGGGAAGGAGAGCCCAAUGUCUGGGGAUGAUGAGGACUUUAUUCGAAAACAGAUCAUCGAAAUGAGUGAGAAUGAAGAUGCUUCCCCGUCUGAUGAGGAAAACCUGAUCCAGCGUAAGAUCAGAGAUCAUGAGAAGAAACCAAUGGAGAAGAAGACAACAGAGGCAGUAGAGCGGAGUUCAUCAGGAAAAAACAGAAGACUUACCAAGAAAAGCACUAUAAGUCCAGAUGAUGAAGAAGAUAAACAACUCCAUGGCUCGUUCGAUAAACCUGAUAUAGACAAAGAGGUGGGACAAGAACAAAAAGAGUCUCAGAGUGGUACUGGAGUUCGCCAAUUCCAAACUAUGGAGCUGAAUUCUACCAGCAGCCCAAUAUGUAUACCUAACGAUGGAGAGCCUGAAAUGGAAAGCCUUACAGACGAUGAUCGAUCUAGAGGUGAAGGGUCUUCCAGUCUACAUGCUUCCAGCUUCACUCCUGGGACAUCCCCAACAUCCAUUUCAUCACUGGAUGAAGACAGUGACAGUAGUCCAAGCCAUAUCCGUUCUGGUGAGGGUAAACAACACAGGAAAGCCAAACACAGACAACCUGGUCAAGUGCUACCAACUAUCGAAGACUCUUCUGAGGAAGAAGAGUUACGGGAAGAAGAGGAGCUACUCAGAGAGCAAGAAAAGCAGAAGGGCUCUGGGAAGAAAUCUAAGAAAGACAAGGAAGAGAUUCGUGCCCAGAGGAGGCGAGAGCGUCCAAAGACGCCACCAAGCAACCUUUCCCCCAUUGAAGAUGCAUCACCAACAGAAGAACUGAGGCAAGAGGCUGAGAUGGAGGAAAUCAGGCGAUCAUCUUGCUCAGAUUUCUCGCCCAGUAUUGAAUCAGACUCUGAAGGAUUUGAAAUCCAUCCCUCAAAGAUUGCAGCAGUUCAGAAAACAUAUCAACUGCCUCUAUCAGUAUCUCUUCACUCCCCUUCAGAUGAUAAAUCGAAGAACAAAUCUCUCAAAUCUGCUGAUGAGGCUUACGAGGAAAUAAUGCUAAGGGCGAAGUCUCCAACACUUGAGCAAGGUGAGAUUCAACCCGGAAAAGAGUCCAUUUAUGGAGGCAUGCUUAUAGAAGACUAUGCUUAUGAUUCUCUUAUUGACAAUUCAACAACUGACCUUAGGGCUAGAAAGAUUGUUGUUCCUUCUCAGCCCAAACCACUGAGAUCACCAGAUGAAGUUUAUGAAGACAUGAUUAAAAAGAGGCAGGAAUUCAUGAAGCUGGAGCAAGAAUAUGAAAAAAUUCAGCCAACAAAGGAAAACACUAAUCCAGAAAUUGUGUUGCAACCUGCUGAGAAUACAUUCUCCAAAAGCAGCGAAGUAACCUUAGGCGCAGAUGGGAAGCCAUUGUUGGAUGCUGAAACUGCCUAUGAAGAGCUAAUGAAAAAAGUGCUGACUCCUGGAACAAGUCCAACUCAGCAGGAUCCAGAAGUGGAAGCCACUGCUUAUAGAAAGGCACUCCAUCCCAUUCCAGACUUAAGGGUGACGCAAUGCUCUUCAGGAGAAUUGUCUUCUGAUGAUGAGAGUAUGAUAAAAAAGGAAAAAGGUACAACUGCAGUAUCAGGCACAACAUCAGCUAUGGAAACUGACCCUGUAACAGUGUUCGAGUGUCCCCAAUCAUCCACAUCAGAUCAACAACCUCAAACCACAAUUGCUGAAUCACAGGAUGAUGUUGUUGACUUAUCCAGUGCACUCCCAAAAACAUCAGCCACUGUAAUUGCCAGUGUUUCACCCCUGCCCACAGUCCCACAGUACACACCGAGUAUUCCUAGCGUAGUCUCUACUGCCCCACCUCUACCCCCCAAGCCAAGUGUCCUGUGUAGGGCUAAUUCUCAGGAAAAAGCAGAAGUACCUGUUCCACCACCACUGCCUCCUCCAACACCACCAAAACCUACAGUUUUUCCAAGGAAAGCCCCAGUUCCACUUCCACCUCAGGCUUCAGCAACUCCAAUGAGGCCAGAGAUAGGGGCAGUGACUGCAGCCCAAGGACCUCCUACAAGACAAGCAGUGACACCAAUGUACAAGCCUCAUGUUCCUCCCCCUGUUGCCCCAAAGCCAUCCAUUCAUUCACCAGGACAUAGUGUCAAACCACCUAUUGCCCCAAAGCCUGGCUCCCAGCCUUCUUCACCUGCCCAUGCCCCAUAUUCAUCCAGACCCUCUGUACUUCCCACUGGUCCUACUGAAAUGACUGCUCUAAAUCUGAGCCCUUCUUCUGAGAGUAAGCAGUUCCACCCGUCACCAAAGUCACCUUCUUCUCCAAGAUACACCAGAAAUCUACGUGACACAUAUGUAGUUAUUACACUGCCAUCUCAGCCUAGCUCUCCUGUAGAAGGUAUUUCCACUAUGGCUCCUUCUAGCCCUGGCCCAGCAUCCCCUUCACAACAAGCUCAGCCCCAAAGUUAUCACCAAGCACAGCCUCAACAUCAUUCAAAUCCACCGCAGCAUCAACAACCAACCCCUCCUCAAACAAACAGGGUGCCUCUGGCAUAUACUCGAUUCACAGAAUCCAUUGAAAGUCAAGAGAUUUGUGGCCCAGAAAAACAUGUAUCUAGUUCUUGUCACAUAAUUGAGGCUAUAUCUGCCUCAGCACAGCCACCUGUGGUUAUGCCUAACCUGAUCUCUCAAGUAGUCACCACCGAAGUGCAAAGGACCACUGUCUCUGUUGUUCAUGAAAGGACAACACCACCAGUACCAGCUCCAAGGGCAAAUGGUGUCCCAAUCUCAAUGGAGAAACCUAAGCCCCAAUUGCCAGCACAAAAUGGACAGGCUGUCCAACCCUUUGAGGUGGUGGAUCUUAGGACUGUUAAGGUUGAUCAAGCUUCAGAUAUGAAUGGUGUGGAUCUAUCUGCUGGCCCAGACUCAAGACGUCAGACCUUUCCAACUGAAAUCAGUCGCCAAAACAGUGCAGUGCAGUCACCUGUAGUCAACCUUAGUGCUGAAUCAUCCACUCUUUCUAUAGUGACUGAUAGUAUCACCAUUGUGACCUGUGCUGCCACAAUCCAGCAAUGUGACAAAGUAGACACCUCUCUAGUAUCUUCAGGUCCUCUCGAGCUAACAAAAGUCAAAGCUUUUGAGCCUGUUUCUCAAAUUAUAUAUCGGCCAAUUGAUUAUCAGCCCUCCACUAAUGUUGGUACAGAGAUUCCUAUUAACCUAUCAGUUGGAUCAAGUACAGGUGGAGGAACUUUCCAGACCGCCCCUGUCACUAUUGCACCCACUUAUAUAGCGAGUUGUGCUGCAAAUGGAUUAACUACGGGAACAACCACAGUGGCAGGAGCUGUUGACCUAAGCAUAACUAAACCAUUCAACACUAUGGUAUCAAUGGAUGCUGCUUCUGCAGAGAUGGUCACAGCUGUAAUCACAGAUGAUGACGGCAAACCAGUGGAUCUGACUGCAGGAAAAAAAGCAGUAUGCUGUGAUGUCAUGUUCCAAAUCCCAUUUGCAGGAAGCUGCACUUCUCAACAACCUACCACACCUCUACCUGAAGAUCGUUUUGGAUAUCGGGAUGACCAUUACCAGUAUGACAGAUCACCUUACAGCAUGAGAGGUUUUGGUGGAAUUAAACCUUCAAUGUCCGAGACAAACUUAGCAGAAGCUGGUCUGUUCUUUUACAAAAGUAAGAACAGCUAUAAUUUCAGUGGUACAACAGAGGGUGCAGUAGAUCUUACCUCGGCAAAGAAUUCUGAUGCAGGUGAAGCUGUUGACUACUCCAAGAAAGGGGCUUAUGCAGGAAUGACAAUUCCACCAUAUUCCCAGACCAGAGUCACAAGUGCUGUUGGUACACUCUUUGGUACAAGCAGUGUCUUGAGGUCAUCAAAUGGCGUGGUCUAUUCCUCUGUUGCAGCACCAAUCCCAUCAACGUAUGCCAUUACCAACCAACCUGGGUCCAUCUUUAGCACAUCAUACAACUCUCUGUCAGGUAUGCAUACCAGUGACACCAUGCCCUCCCUGUCCAACCUCCAGAACUUGCAACUUACAAGAUCCCACAGUUUCCUGUCGACCAUCUCCAUUACUGCAACAGAAGAACAAGGAGAUGCCCCACUUAAUCUAGAGAUCUCAAGAAGGGGUAGCAUUGCUGGUGUCACCACAUUACCAGCUUCCUUAUCCCUUGACACUUACACUGAUGCAUCGCUAGAAGCAAUAGCGGCUUCACUGGAAGCUCUGUCUUCACCCAUGGUUCCUGGGGAUGGCCAGUAUCAGGCAGAGCGUGAGAGGCUAGAGAUGGAGAAACUGAAGCAACAGCACCUGGCUGAGGAAUUAGAGUGGGAGCGCCUGGAGAUUCAGCGAUUCCGAGAGCACGAACAGGUCUUGGUGCAGAAGGAACUGGAGGAGCUGCAGUCCAUGAAGCAGCAUAUCCUGAACCAACAAGAAGACGAAAGACAGGCCCACCUUAUGAUGCAGAAAGAAACAUAUGCCCAGCAACAGCAGCAGCUUGAGCAGAUUCAAAGACUCCAAGAGCAACUGCGCAUGCAGCUGGAAGAGCAAAAGCUUCGUCAGAUGUACCCAGGUGGGGACAUGCCCGGUCACGGUGUGCAGGAGGCAGUUGUUUUGGGACCUGAUGGCACAGUGCUGUCUCGAAAGAUCACGGAUAGUGGGUGCCAGACAGAUGACGAAGAUGAGACAGUUAGUAAAGCUUACACUGCAGGUAGAAAAAAGAGGAGUGCUAAAAAGAGUGUUGAUAGUUGUGUGCAGACUGAUGAUGAAGAUCAAGACGAAUGGGAGGCUGAGACCAGAAACCGUCAAAGCCGGCCACGCACUGCCAGGGGUGAUAGGGGCGGGCAGUCAGAUAUGUCUUUUAAAGCCCACACUGAGAUUUCUAUACAAACAGAUUCUGAGGGGAACAUUAUAAUGGACACCAGGAUGGAGCUGUCUGACUCUGAAAGGACCUCACCUAAGAAACGACCUACCCCCUUAGAAAUAGGCCAGUCUUCUAACCUCAAAGUUGAUUCCUCCACACUAGCACCUUCGAAAUCUGCCAACGUACUCUAUUCCCCAAUAUCUCCCUGUAUAUCCCCAAGCAAAUCCCUGGAGUUCGUGUCCUAUGAGAAAAAACUGGGUGAUACAAGCCCACAAAACCUAAAGGGGAGUCCAGAUCCAGCAAGUCCCAGGGGACAAAAAGGCAUGCAGAGAUCCAUGUCUGACCCUAAGCCUGUGAGCCCAACAGGAGAAGAAAGGGGAAACUCUGGGGAUAGCUACGCGGGGAAAAGCUCAGGUAGCACACCAACAGGCACUCAAAAGAAGGUGAAGAGGACGCUUCCCAAUCCACCGUCAGAGGAUGAGUCAACAACAACUGGUCAGACAGCAUACACCACUGGUUCGGCCCGCCGAAGAAUGUGCCGCAAUUCCAACAUGGCACGUGCCAAGAUACUGCAAGAUAUUGACCGUGAGCUGAAUCUAGUGGAGCGUGAGUCUUCAAAACUCAGGAAAAGACAAGCAGAGUUGGAUGAGGAGGAGAAAGAGAUUGAUGCCAAGCUCAGGUAUUUGGAGAUGGGCAUUAAUCGUAGAAAAGAUGUCCUACUGAUGGAGAGAGAGAAGAGAGAAAGGGCCUACUUACAGAGUGUUGCUGAGGAUAGAGACUACAUGUCAGACAGUGAGGUUAGUAACAUCCGAGAGACAAGAGGUGGGCUUGGAAGUGAAGAUGUUGAGAUUGAAAGUCAUGGUCUUGAACGUCCCAGGACAGCUCCCCAGGCAGAAUUGGAAGAGUUUGUCCCACCUCAAACCAAGCAUGAGUAUGGAAAAUACUCCCAGUACCAAUACAAUCAAACCCAAUACCAACAGUCUCUCUACCAGACUCCUCAGUCCUACCAAUCUCACUCUCUGUACUCCUCUGUCCCCUCGCUCACCAGUGCCCAGCAGCAGAGUUACCACCAGAUGCUUCUGUUGCAGCAGAAAGCCGCUAGACAAGCAGCCCUCCUCUCAGAGCUGGAUGCAGCUAAAUAUGAAGUCAUUAGCCGCCAACCUGAUCCCACAUCAUCAGCUUUCCUGGGGGUCAAGUAUGACAAAUAUGGCAACCACCUUGACCUCAGAGCGUUGGAUGUGGGAAAUAUGGCACGUAGCCCAAUGUCAGCUGUCUCUGAUUCCUAUUACACCGACGUAGAUCAUCAUACACCUAGGAGUUACAUGUUGCUAGAAGAUGCUGCAGAACUUGCUAAGGGCUCCACAGGUAUGUCUUCAUCUUACAGUCUGGCGGAGAGGGAGCUGGCCAAAGCAGAGAAGCUUCUGCGUAGGAGUGCUGCAGAUCUGGGGUCUACUGACUAUCUGGGAUCCACCUCUAGACUCCAUACUUAUGGAAAGACCCCUGAUGAAGAGGAUACAAUGGAGGAACCCUAUGAACUGAAACUACUAAAGCAACAGCUCAAGCAAGAGUUUAGGAGAAGUACAGGUGGGACAGAAAACUUAGAACAACUGACAGGGCUGUCACAGCACUACUAUACCCCAAGCUCGAGCGUCUCUAGUUACUCCCAAAGAAACUAUCCAAAGACAGACAAGUACAGCAUCAGUCGACUUACUCUAGAGAAGCAAGCAGCUAAACAACUCCCGGCAUCGAUGUUGUACCAAAAACAUAAGACUCCAUUGAUAGAACCUAAGAUCUCCUCCAAAUAUUCCUCUAUUCCAGAUAACAGAGGCUUGGAGACAGACUAUAACUAUCUUGGGUCUACCAGUGCAUCAGCAAGAGCCAGCCGGCUCUCUCAAGAUGAGAUCACCUUUGGCCUUCGUAAGAAUAUUGCAGAGCAACAAAAAUACCUGGGGUCCACCUUGGGUGCCAACUUGGCUGGGUCAUUAAACCUGGGCCAGAGUUUAGGAUUGGACUCUGCCUAUCCCAGUGGUAGUCGCUCAAGACCCUCAUCCAGGCCCACAUCUUGCUAUGGGUUGGACUUGUCUCUCAAAAGAGACCUUUCCAGCUCUUCACUGAGGCUCAAAGGGGACGGGGAAUCAUCUGGAGAUGUACCAAGCUAUCAAACCCCCUCUGGCCGCACCAAACCUACCAGCCUUCCCAUUGUACAAAGUGGCCGUGGCCGAUUACCCAUAGUGGCCCAGAACUCAGAAGAAGAGAGUCCGUUGAGCCCUGUUGGGCAGCCAAUGGGCAUGGCCCGUGCCUCAGCGGGACCUCUGCCACCUAUAUCAGCAGAUUCAAGGGACCAGUUUGGUUCCUGCCUGUCAUUGGAGGACUCCCAGCAGCAGCAACUUAUCAGGGAAGAGCCAACCAGGGGUAGGGGUUAUGUGCUGAUGGAUGACCUUCAAGGCACCAUGUCAGAUAGUGAAGCCCUAAGUGAUUCGCUGAUGGCUUUGAACAGAGACGACGCAACCAAUGCCUACCACCUUAGACGAGAGGAGACCGACUGGUUUGACAAACCUAGAGACGGCCGUUCAGAGAAUGGCCAAGAGAAGAGACAGGGAAAAGGCCCGUACUACCCCUUCCCUCACCUCAGGGUCAAACUGCAGAGGGAUCCCAAAGAUCGCAGUGUCUCAGGAAAUGGUCUGGGUAUCCGUGUGGUUGGAGGGAAAGAGGUCCCUGCAAGUAAUGGAGACAUUGGAGCCUAUGUAGCUAAAGUCUUACCAGGUGGAGCUGCAGAACAAACAGGAAAGAUUCUUGAAGGAAUGCAAGUCCUGGAGUGGAAUGGUGUUCCUCUGACGGGGAAAACCUAUGAAGAGGUUCAAGGGCUCGUCGGGCAGCCGUGCAAUGAAGCAGAAUUGUGUGUCAGACUUGAUCUCAACAUGCUGUCCGAUUCUGACGGUUCUGAUCACCUGGAUUUCCAGGAGCACAGCAAAGGUGACAGACCCCCCAGGUCUCCAGGUGUUGACCCUAAGCAGCUGGCGGCUGAGCUGCAGAAGGUGUCCCAGCAGCAGGCCCCUUCCUCCACCUCUUCCUCCGGCCUGCCCCCCACCACCUCCGCAACCUCCAGCCAGCCAGGGUCUCCCUCCGUCAGCAAGAAACGCCACAGCAGCAAGACUGCAGAGGGAAUGAAGACCCAGUCGCAGCCCGUCUCUGGAGAGAUACAGCUUCAAAUCCACUACGACAAGCAGCUUGGCAACUUGAUCGUUCAUGUCCUGCAGGCCAGAAACCUCGCUGCGCGGGACAACAAUGGCUACUCCGACCCGUUUGUUAAAGUGUAUCUCCUUCCAGGGAGAGGUCAGGUCAUGGUUGUCCAGAACGCCAGUGCUGAAAACAAGAGGAGGUCCAAACACGCAGGCAAGAGUCUCAACCCAGAGUGGAACCAGACUGUCAUCUAUAAAAACAUCCACCUGGAGCAACUGAGGAAGAAGACGCUGGAAGUGAGCGUGUGGGACUACGACAAGUGCUCCUCUAAUGACUUCUUAGGAGAGGUUCUUAUCGACCUGUCCAACACAGUCCAGCUGGACAAUGUCCCGCAGUGGCACCCCCUGAAGGAGCAGAGCGAGGGGGACCACCACCGGCGCUCCCACUCAGGACAGAGCCGCCACUCCUCCUCUAAAUCCUCCUCCCAGCACUCCUCCCCUAAAACUACCGUCUCCGAACACGACAAUCAGGAUUCUCCCAAAUCAUCUGUCAUCAAGAGCCGAAGCCACGGGAUAUUUCCAGAUCCGGCCAAGGACACGCAGGUGCCAACUCUCGAGAAAUCUCACAGUAGCCCUGGCACAUCGAAGCCUUCCCCGUCCGAGGGCCAGAGCCAAAGGCACGGACACAGGGAACACUCUCGCUCGCACGGCGCUUCACACUCCGGCAAAAGUGCCACGCGGCACCACCAUCAGGACAGCGGCACUGGAAGCGGUGGAGGCGCUGCCAUAGCAACAGCCACUGCCUCGCAGCAGCCACAGCAGCCGCCGCCGCAACGCCUCCAACCAACUCGGUCCAGCUACAGAUCCGGAGAUGCCCCGGUCACAGCCGCCUCUCUGGAUAGCGGCCUGAGCGGCAGCGCCUACAGCCUGCUGGACGAAGAAGGAGAGACAAACGAGGUGGACAGUGCCAUCUUCCAGGUGCCACGAUUUGGAAAGAUCCCCAAUGGCACAGACGUGAUGAAAUCCUCACUUGGACUCGGUGACACUGAAGGUAAGUCCCAGGUGAUGGGGGAGAUAAAGAUCGCUCUGAAGAAGGAGGUAAAGACGGAUGGUGAGCAGCUGGUCCUCGAGAUUCUUCAAUGUCGCAAUAUCACCUACAAAUUCAAGUCUCCGGACCACCUGCCUGAUCUGUAUGUGAAGCUCUACGUGGUGAACAUCGCCACCCAGAAGAGGAUCAUCAAGAAGAAGACCAGAGUGUGUCGCCAUGACCGGGAGCCAUCUUUUAACGAAACCUUCCGCUUCUGUAUGAACCCGGCCGGACACUCGCUACAGCUGUUCCUGGUGUCCAAUGGGGGCAAGUUUAUGAAGAAGACCCUGAUUGGGGAGGCCUACGUGUGGCUGGACAAAGCGGACCUACGCAAGCGAGUGGUGAGCUGGCACAAGCUCCUCGCCAGCACUGCCCAAAUCCACUCAUAGACAGAAACUCCACCUAAAAAACUCUCAUUUGGGGACGCUUAGGUUCAACAUCUGUCACACUGAUCCACUCCGACUGGAUGGGUAAAGGGUGGUUUGGGCUUGGGAAUAUUUUGUUCAGGGCUCUGAGAUUUGGAAGAUGCUUUUGUUCGUAAGGGCCCCUCUGAUGAUCGUUUCUGUCCUGCAGGAGGGUUGGGGGGAGUAGUGAUGCGUUUACAGGAAACUAAGCUAAGUUUACAGGAAGUACAGUGUACAGUAGUGAAGCCAGGGCUGAGGAGAACACAAGUGCUGAGGUCAGAGGUCAAGCACGGAAUCAACCAGGUAUUACACUCUUUAAUUCACUACACACACACACACACACACACAAUUAUUCACGACAAGUUUGCACACUCAUUCACGCAGAAGAGACAUUUUAAUUCUACAGGGAAUGGACACACUUCUUAUUUAUUUAUGUAGAUGUUUUAUCCAUUCCUUCAUUGCUUUAUUAUGAGAGUUUGAUUGAUUUACAAAGCAUUUUGGGAAUGAAAUAGUGAAGACUCCGCUGCGGAGACCUCGUAUUUAUUUUGUAUUAGGAUAUUAGGGUAGAGUUCUAUCAUUUGUCUUCUUCUCAAUUAUUUAAAAGAUAAUCUAUCCUGGGAAGGAAGCAUCAUAUAUUUUAUAACACACUACCUAGCAUUCCAGUCCAAGAGAAAAAAUAAAUCUCAGAAUGCAUGAAUUUAUUAUCUCCUUGUUCACUUUGCACCCCAUCUUUUCUCUCCCUAAGUGUAAACACAGUUGUAUCAAAUGAUGUAUAUUGUUUGAUAAUGAUUAAUAUGGAUAUAUAAUUGGAUACUAUAUAUUGUGCGCAUGAGUCUAUCUAUCUGGUAUGCAUUGCCACAUGUUCUGCACAAAAAACAAUCACCUCUAAGGUUCACUCUGUACAUAGUGAAGUGUCAUAGCUGGAAAUGAAUUAUAACAUAUAUAGAUAGAUAUAUAGAUAUCUUUAUCAGAGACAAUCGAGUCUUGAUGAUUGUGACAUAGAGCUUUUAUUUACCCAUGAUGCCCCUUAGAAUGUGAGAUGUUUACCAUUUGAGAUUUUAUUCUUUUUCUUUGUGAGAUCCAGGCACAUUACGAGUCUUAUAUUCACCCUGCUUUCAUUCAUAGGAGCAGUCAACCUAACAACGCACGCUUUUGUGGUAUUUUGCACUUUUUUCUGCUUAGAAUGUAAAACCAAUGUCAUCGUCCUGCUAAAAAUUUGAGAUGAUUUACCUUACAAGGGCGGGAAGUAGAGAGGUAAAGUAAAGCGAUGAAAAUAUCUGGAGAUACUGUAGCGAACAAAAGACAAAUGUGCCGGGAACCAUCCACGAAAAAGCACUAUUACCAUUCUAAGAUACGUCAAUGCUAUCGUUGUAGCAUGUUGAUGUUUUGUCCCAGUUUUUGUCAUAUACGUGUUAUCUUGUUAUUGCCACUUCCACAAAUUGUCAAUGUUGUGUCUUUAAAAGUCCAUAAUGUCUUAGUAAAUGUCCUACCAUGUGCUAUUUAGGGGGGAAAGAGGUAGGCUUCAUUUAGCAUUUUCAGUCCAAAUUAGCAGUAAAAGUUGAUAUCUGAGUCAUAUGCAACAUCUUCUGAAUAAAGGUGGUAACUGCAUCAUGACUCAGCAGAUAGUUGAAAAAAGAGGAAGCAUUUAUCUUGAUUUUUCUUUCGCACUGUGUUUUCAUGCCCUCCAUGAAACGCUUAAUCCUUUAAUAUAAUUUCUAUACAAAUCUUUUAUUUAUUGACUGUGAGACUAUUUUAUAUGUUGUAUUAUAUUUGUUUACAGUUCAUAUCAGGUGUACAUAAAAGACAAGUUGGGAAAUUUGUUUUUAUACACACCGUAUCGUUGUUUACAAGGUUCAGAGGGCCUGGAACUCAGAGAACUAACUUUGUUGUCCUUGUGCACCAACACACAUACGGACAUUAACAUGCACACAUCCUGAAUUUCACAGCCGGGAAUCAAGAUAAGAAAAGAUAACAUACCCAUUUAAACAUUUCAUGUUCUCCCCCUUUGAAUAGUUAAUUGUAAGCACUUGAAUAACUGAAAUGUUUUAAGGUCAGUGUGUGGUUUUCUUAUUUUCAUACCUGUGUGUUUGUGUAAAGCAUCUCCAGACCAGUCCAUGCAUGUCAUAGGCCAAAUUGCAUAUAUAUUCUUUUAAGUGUUGUCUGUCUAAAAAUAUCAACUUUAAAAUCUCUCUAAAAAGAUGAACACACACACAAACACACACGCACACACACAUGCUGUCUCUAUUUCCAACCUUGUAAAUACAAAGCUUUUUUAUACUGGGGUUUGGGGAGCAAUAGGUCUUUUAGCAGACUGAAAAAAGGUGUGUAAUCAUAGAUGUAAAAGGAAGUUGUUUUUUUCUCUUGAUCAAUGUACAGCGGAUAGACUGAGAAACAACGUUAUGUCUGUUUAUAGGGACAGAUUUACCCGACCCUUAACACCAAACACUUAAGGUUUACCAGAGUCUAACUACACAGAAGUCUAUCUUAACUCGAGCAGUUGCAGGAGAAUUUAAAUGUGCUCACACUGGAUGUUGCAUGUUUCGUUGGUGGUUCAUACUAUUUUUGUGUCCAGAUAUUAUUAAAGAGAAAAAAAAGAAUGAGGUAGCGAAAGAUAUAGAACAAAACUGUCGUAGAGAAGGAAAUUAUGAAGAAAAACCUAUUAAGAUUAUCGAUGAUGUAUGCUGACUGUACAAAGAUUAUGCUUGUAAAACCCAUCUGGUUUUUCACUUGUAAGUAAACAGAAAAAAAAUCUACUGUCAUGGUUUUGUGAUUGUAUACAGGAGGUAUUGAUAAAUUAUGCAAAUUGUGCUGUAAAAAUGGCUGUUGCCCCAUGUCUAAAUAUUAAAUAUCAGUACAAAGGAAA